AGAACGGAGUGGAGCUCCCAGCCUCAGGGAUAACUAAGCAUUCUGCUCCUCCAGAGGGACGACUCUCUGCAACCGAGCCGAACCCGACUCUCUUCCCCGGCGUCUGCUCCUGCCUGCCUCCAGCUGGGGAACAGACAGGGAAAACAAUAUUACAUUUGAUGUGUGACAAUACCUCGACUACCGCCCUGACUGAGGGCCUUGAUGGCCUCCAAGGAUGUGCGCUGAAAAGCUGGAAUACAAACUCUCCCCUGGGAAAACAUCUCUGAUUUAGGAGACAAGUUUUCACCUGUUUCUUACAGGGGAUCAUCAGCUGCGUGAAAACUGCAGCCACCCUUUGUGAAGUCUUGAAUUUUGGGCCAUUUUGAUUUAACUGCUGCUUUGAAUGCAGGCAACAAAACAGAUGGCAGUACAGCUUCCUCCCAUGUCAGGUGUGUCUGAAAGGUGUUUGCGCGAACAUGCACUCAAAGCACUGGGUGUUUAUGAGAGCUUAUAAUUGAACAGCAAUCUGCGUGUGUUGGUGUGUGUCUGUUGGGAGCUACUCGGGCCAGUGUUUACUUGGGGUGUGCGUGUGAUUUUGUUCAUGUGUGAGAUACAAAUCAGAAGUGCUUAGUGUGUGUGAGUGUGUGUGUGUGUGCGUGUGUGUGGGGGUGAGGUGGUGGGGGCCUGUGGAGGUUGUAGCCCUGGAUUUCCUAGAGAUGGAAGGUCAUUGUUAUGACCGGUUUGGAGAUGGAGAGAGGGACAACUACCAGAUUGAUUAUCGAAGGAUUGUCGGGGACAUGGAACCAGCACGGCCACGCAUCUCAAACAGAGAUGGGGAACAACCUCCCCCCUUUGGGGCAUUUGCCCACCCAGCGCCACAUGGACAUGGGCAUGAGACCGCGGCCCAGCGAUACAGCGCUACACGGAUCCAGGCUGGAUAUGAACCAGAAAGCAUGGCGGACUACUUGAUCAGCGGAGGCACAGGCUAUGUUCCUGAAGAUGGAUUAACAGCACAACAGCUCUUUUCUAUCGGUGAUGGACUUACAUACAAUGACUUUUUGAUCCUCCCUGGAUUCAUAGAUUUUACCUCAGAUGAGGUGGAUCUUACCUCUGCACUGACGAGGAAGAUAACCCUGAAGACUCCUCUCAUUUCAUCUCCCAUGGAUACAGUCACCGAGUCCUCGAUGGCCAUCGCCAUGGCACUGAUGGGGGGGAUUGGCAUUAUUCAUCAUAACUGUACUGCUGAGUUUCAGGCCAAUGAGGUGCGCAAAGUUAAGAAAUUUGAACAGGGCUUUAUCACCGAUCCGGUCGUGAUGAGCCCCCGACACACGGUGGGGGACGUGUUCGAGGCCAAGAUACGUCACGGCUUCUCCGGGAUCCCUGUCACAGAAACCGGCAAGAUGGGCAGCAAGCUGUUCGGCAUCGUCACCUCCAGAGAUAUCGACUUUCUGUCUGAGAAGGACCAUGACAAACCCCUGGAAGAGGCAAUGACAAAAAGAGAAGAUUUAGUGGUUGCACCAGCUGGAGUCACAUUAAAGGAAGCUAAUGAUAUUCUGCAACGAAGCAAAAAAGGUAAACUCCCCAUUGUGAAUGACAGUGACGAGCUGGUUGCCAUCAUUGCCAGGACUGAUUUGAAGAAGAACAGAGAUUAUCCACUGGCUUCCAAGGACUCCCGCAAACAGCUUCUGUGUGGAGCGGCCAUCGGUACCAUGGAGGAUGACAAAUACCGACUGGACCUUCUGAUGCAGGCUGGGGUGGAUGUGGUUGUCCUGGACUCUUCCCAAGGAAACUCUGUGUAUCAAAUCAACAUGAUAAACUACAUCAAACAGAAAUAUCCUGAGCUUCAGGUGGUCGGAGGAAAUGUGGUGACAGCUGCUCAGGCUAAAAACCUCAUAGACGCAGGUGUGGAUGCUCUGAGGGUGGGCAUGGGCUGUGGCUCCAUCUGCAUCACCCAGGAAGUGAUGGCAUGUGGACGACCCCAAGGAACAUCCGUGUACAAGGUGGCAGAGUACGCCCGACGUUUUGGAGUCCCAGUAAUCGCUGAUGGUGGAAUUCAGACUGUUGGACAUGUGGUGAAGGCGCUGGCCCUGGGAGCAUCUACAGUGAUGAUGGGCUCUUUGCUCGCUGCAACCACUGAAGCUCCAGGAGAAUAUUUCUUUUCUGAUGGUGUGCGUCUGAAGAAGUACAGAGGGAUGGGCUCUCUGGAUGCCAUGGAGAAAGAUAACAGUCAGAAACGCUACUUCAGUGAGGGAGAUAAGGUGAAGGUGGCUCAAGGUGUCUCAGGAUCAGUACAAGAUAAAGGCUCCAUCCAUAAAUUUGCUCCUUACCUAAUUGCUGGAAUCCAACAUGGCUGCCAGGACAUAGGAGCCAAGAGUUUGUCCAUUUUACGGUCGAUGAUGUACUCCGGAGAGCUGAAGUUUGAGAGGAGAACCAUGUCUGCUCAGAUGGAGGGAGGAGUUCACGGCCUCCACUCAUAUUCUUUUGUGCCAUUUAUGAGAAGCGGCUUUACUGAGGGGGGAGGAAAAGGAAAUGCUCGAUCAGGACCUAACGUCCCGUCUCCAGCAGCUAUAAGCAGAUGCACCGGGCACAUGUGACCAACACUUCAACACUCCAAAAUGUGACACUACUUGUUUGUGUCCUUUUCUCUUUGUCCUGUUUGUCCCAGCUUUGGCCUCUUUAAGGUUAGACAAAACAACACUUCAACCUGACUCUAAAGGUCAAUGGAGAGUCAAAGAGUCACGCCUGUUGAUGGAUACAACUCUAUAUGAACCCUGAUGAACAGCCAAGGUAUAUAGAACCUGAUCUAAUUAACUACUCUACUGAUCCUUUUCAACAAGCCAAUGCACGUCAUUACCACAAGCUUACUGUUGCAGACGUAUGGACAUGAUGUCUGAAUUCCACCCUGAUAGAAGAACGUAUUAAUUAAACCUUGAAGAGAUGCAGCCUUAUGUUUCCAUGCUCAUUAAAUAUAUCAAACAGAGCAAUUAAGGAUUUGCAAGAAAAUCACAAAGUCAUUUAUUUUAUUUACAGAUAUAAGCACAUUACGAAAAAAAGUUGUCUUUGACAUAUUGUUAUAAAUAAUUUAAUUAAAUUAAAGAAUAAGCACUUUAUUAUUGGGAAAAGAAACACAAAAGUUAAACAGAUUCACAACAGCUCUGCUGAUGGUAAGAGCACACUCCAGAAGUCUAAAAUAAUCGUGAAUUGUAUUCAGCCAUGGUCAUGUGUACUAGCAUACAGUAUGCAGAGUAGUACACACAGUAGUACAAACAGUAGUACACACAAGUUAGAAUGUUUCGAUCAUGUUACUGCAAUGGUUUUGUUGAAGCUAAUUUAAUUUCUUUCAUUGUAAAUUUGACUGUAACAUGGUGAACCGUCUGCUUUGAUCAUCUGCAUGUAAAAGGAUGUUAGGCUUUAGCCUCAAUUCAACAAUACACAUUUGUGAGCACCAUUGAGGAGCAACCACAUGUAAUCUCGCUUUGGAUUUUCCUUUUUUCAUCGUGUUGGGAGUUGAAAAUAUUGUAUAAAAAACGGUCUUAGAGACCAGACAGAAGAGAAUCCAUGAUUUACAUUUGAUCAUCAUUCAGUGCUCAUUUUUCAUACUCAUUAUACAAAUGAGUCUUAAUCUAGAAACACAUUGCUAAUUAUAUGCCUAUUGAAUGUACAUAAUACAUUACACAGAUAGUAAUGUAUAUUUGUUCAGGCUUAGUAUUUUUAAAUAUGAGUCAGACUGGAUUUCAAACCAAUCACUCAGGUUAGAUUUAUUUCUGUAUAGAAUAAGAGACAGCUUUUAACAUCAUUUCUUGUGUUUGUGUAAGGUACUCACCAUCUUUGGUAUUGAAUAUAUAAUAACUGGCAACCAAGUGAGGAUGACAGAAUAUACAGGAAAUAUGAUUGUAUUAUUGUUUCAUCCACAAAAGGCUUCAGAAUGAUAUUUACUGUAUAUAGUGUUGCAUCAAUAAAUGUCAUUUUGACAAGAGAAAUUUGA